CGUUUCCCGCCGGCCGGGCCCGCGCGCUGCCGGAACGCCGUGAGUCGGGGACGAGUUUCCGGUGGAAGUGCUGGCGGAGGCGGAAAAAGGCGGCGGCGGCCGCGAUGGCUUUGCCCGGUGCCCCCGCUCCGACCUCGGCUCCGGCCGCGGUCCAGGCGCCGCCGCCGCCCCCCACAGUGUUGAUGACGGUUCGGGCGGGGCUGGCGCAGGCCUCUCGCCUCCCGCCGCUGCCUGCCGCCGCCGCGCUCCGCCUGCAGCUCAGUGUUGAACCGGAGGUCGGCGGUCAGCGCCGCUUCCGACUCGGCCUGCGGCACCCGGAGGCGGCCGGCGGCGCGCUGAUCGCCGAGUACGACCUGCGGGACGUCUCGUACCGGGUGCGGGGCCCCACCAGCCACGAGCUCUCUGUCCCUGGCUCCUCAGAGCCUCCCUUGGGCUUCACCUUCCCCGAGGAGCGGGAGGCCCAGCGCUGGUGGACCAUCGUCAGCAGCUCCCUGCGGGAGGUGCAGAAAGCUUCCGACUCUGCGCUGCCAGCCCCAGCCCCAUCGCUGCCUGCUGCUGCCGGGGGUGCCUCAGGGGAUCAGGAUCCAGACACAGCUCUGGCCUUGGAGCUUUCCCAGACAGAGGACCUGGCCCUGCAGCUCUCCCGGGCCAUCGAGCUGGGUGCCGAGGAGGAGGCCUCGCGCUGCGCCGUGGCCCUGGCUCGCCGGCAGGCCACCCUCAGCAUCCUCCUGAAGGAGUCCAACUAUCCCCCGGAGGAGAUCAGCAUGAAGGUGGGGGUGGAGGACGCCACCUCCUCGGCCAGCAUCACCAUCAUGGUCCAUCCCCACACCACCAUCGCGGCGCUCAAGCAGCAGGUGUUCCAGGACUACGGGUUCCACCCGCUGGUGCAGCGCUGGAUCAUCGGGCAGUGCCUGUGCGUGGACGAGCGCACCGUGGGCUCCUACGGCGUGCGGCGGGACGGCGACGCCGCCUUCCUCUACCUGCUGGCGGCGGAGGUGGCCGACCUCAGCCGCUGGCGCUACGAGGAGGACCUGGCCCAGCUCAGCGCCGCCUCCCUGCCCCACGACGGCCCCGGGGCGGGGCGCAGAUACAGCACCCUGCCCGGCGCGGCCGCGCACAAAGCUCCCAAGUGGUUUCUUCAUGAUGGAGCAGACCCAGUGUCCUCCAUCUUUGGCAGCCACCACAUGCUGGCAACCCCUGUGCUGCCAAACAUGCUUGGGAAGAGCAAUCCUGGUCUUCCUGGUCCUCCUUUCACCACAGGCUCAGGCAGUGAGGCCAGCCGCAGGAUGAGCAUCCAGGAGAUCAGCCAGCACCUGGACACGCUGCAGCUGGGCGACGCUGCCGCUGCCCAGCCGCCGCCUGCCCCGCGCCUGCCCUCGCCCGUGCAGGCAGGUUGGUCGUGCCCGAAGUGCACCUUCAUCAACAAGCCCACGCGGCCGGGCUGCGAGAUGUGCAGCGGCGCCCGGCCCGACGACUACGUGGUGCCCGGCGGCUACACCCCGGACGAGACCGAGCUCUGGAGGAUGCAGCAGGAGCAGGAGGGCAUCCGGCAGUACCAGCAGGCACUGGAGGCCGAGCGGCUGAACAACUUCCAGCAGCUGCUGCGGCUGGAGGAGGAGGUGCUGGUGACCAACCGGGAGGUGCUGGAGUGUCUCAUCUGCUUCCAGCAGGUGCCCCCGGGCCAGGGGGUGCUGCUGAGGGAGUGUCUGCACAACUUCUGCAGGGAGUGCCUGCGGCAGGUGAUCAGCUACAGCGAGGAGCCGCUGGUGGCCUGUCCCUUCCGCGACGACUCCUACGCCUGCAGCAGCCACCUCCAGGAGCGCGAGAUCCGGGCGCUGGUGUCCCCAGCCGAGUACCGGCGCUUCCUGGAGCGGGGCCUGGCGCUGGCCGAGCGCCGCAGCCCCAACAGCUUCCACUGCCGGAGCGCCGACUGCCGCGGCUGGUGCAUCUACGAGGACUCCGUCAACGAGUUCCGCUGCCCCAUCUGCCAGGCCCUCAACUGCCUGCUCUGCAAGGCCAUCCACGAGGGCAGGAACUGCCGGCAGUACCAGGACGACCUGCAGGCGCGGGCACAGAACGACGCCGCCGCCCGGCAGACCAGCGACAUGCUGCAGACGCUGGUGCAGCUGGGGGAGGCCAUGCACUGCCCCACCUGCCUCAUCAUCGUGCAGAAGAAGGAUGGCUGCGACUGGAUCCGCUGCACCGUCUGCCAGACCGAGAUCUGCUGGGUCACCAAGGGCCCGCGCUGGGGACCGGGGGGUCCUGGGGACACCAGUGGUGGGUGUCGCUGCAACGUUAACGGGCAGAGGUGCCACCCCCAGUGCCAAAAUUGCCACUGAGGCCCCCACAGCGACAAGGGACCUCCUGGGGGGUACCCAGCAGCAGAGCCAACCAGGGCUGGGAGCCACUCUCCUGACACAGAAGCAAGGGCCCAGCCUCGGGCACAGCCGGUGCCACAGCCCAAGGACACUUCUGUUCGCAGCCAGGGAAGGAGAAGAGAGAGAUGAGGUGAUGAGGAGGGACACGGGGCACCCAGAUGCCACCCCGGUGCCACAGUGCCCUGCAUCAGUGCCACACAGGGACAGA